GAAUUUUCCCUGAGGGAUGUCUUGGGAAGAGAAUCAUCACCGCCAUAAACCGGUUAAACAGGAAGGAAAGCUCCUGGCGGAAAAGUUACGCCUCCUUGAUACUGAAAGCACAUAGGUCACCUGAAAAUGUCUGUGAGCAGGAAGGCACAGGAGGCUCUAUAUCCUUCUAAAAAAUUGUGUUUCAGUGUGGCUCCAGCUCUGAACACUGCUCUCUUGCCCUUGGAGCUGUUAUGAGACUUUCCUGAGGACCAAAAGGACUGAAGUGAACAAUCAGCCAUGGCACACUUUGGGAGGGUGCCCUUCCCACACAGUGAAUUCUGUGAAGAACAGCCUGAGGACCAAACAAUUUACCCUGUGUGCCAUUCUGGUUCUGAUGGGGAGAUCCCCCUAGGAUUUGAUCAAAUAGUUGAUGAAGUCAGCAAUGAAUUUUUUUUUUAUGGUUCAUCCCAUCUGCAUCAUCACGAAGAAAUAUUUUUCCCAUCAGACCUUUUCAGCUGGAAUGUGCCUGACCAGCAGCUUUACAGCCACCCUCCUGUUGCUUAUGGAGAGCUUUUCCCUGGAAAUCCAAUCCCUCACUGGCAGCAAGGCACAGUGUCACCAAUGGUUGGCUUCAGACCUUCAAUGCCACCCGAUUUCAGAAACUUCUCUGUGGUGGAUUCCCACCCCUACAGCCGUGAGAGAGAACACCAUGGAAGGGACAGCGUAAAUUCAAUUCCAAAUGUGGAAAGGGGCAACACAAACCCGGAGUUUCAGAUAGGCUUUGACAAUCUGGAUGCUCCAAGUCCUGUUUUCAUAGACAAUUAUCCAUUUGGACCAAAAGUGAGAGAAGAAAGUGGAAAUGGGGAAGCUUCUUUAACCAACACUUCCAGAAGGUGCAACAUAGGACCUACCCACCCCCAGGGCUCUGGACAUAACAGAGAGGCUGCGAGUUGGUCUAUCCAGCUGAUUGAAGCAGAUCAAGGAAGUAAUGAAAGCACAGUUGGUUUUUGCAACGCAGUGGAGAAAAUCAGAAAUGCCUAUCCUGCUUUUGAUUUGAAGACAAAUACUGGAAAAAUCUGGAGUAUCUCAACAAGGUUCCCAGAGCAUAUCCUUGGUGGAACAAAAUUCAGAAUCAGCAUUUGGACAGAUUUUUCACCACAUCCUCUACUUCUUACACAACAUGCUGGCUGUAUCACUCACGACUUAAUUGUGGAGAUCCUCCAUUGCACAAAUCGAUACCCAGCCCGGGAGGAAUGCCUCCUGAGUGUUUAUGGCUCUGAUGAAUUCUUACAAAACAACUGUACUUUGGGAAGCCAUGAAAGUCUCCGCAAGGCAACCACCUGCAUUCAGCUUCGCCUGCACCACGCUGGUAACUUGAAACAAAGUUUGGCUCGAACGUGUGGGGAUGACCAAAGAAGGUUUUGUGUGAAUGAGCUGUUAGAAGACAUUUGUACCUGGAGACUGAUUCGGCAGAACCUUGUCUCUGUUAUUAUGAACUACAGAGUUCAAGUGGAGUAUCUGCUGCAAAAUGAGAAUAAUGUUGAUAAUGUGAUUGAAGCAGCUAAAGCCAUCUGCAGUGUCCUCUGUUUUGUGGAAACCAGAGACAUUACUGAUGCAGUCAGCAAACUUCGUGCUUUGGUGAAGGCACAGAAUUCUCUUCAAAGUGUGGAAACACCAGGCAAAGUGUUAAUAGAGGCUGCUGUGACUGAGCUCUCCAUGGCCAUCUCUUGCCUCAUCCAUGUCUACAGCAGCAGCUUUGAUGCCAAUUUCCAGCUUGCCAGCACACCCAGGAGCCCUUUAUGUGCAGACAUCAGCCUAAAUUCCCAGCUGAGCUUCACUGUUUGUGCUGCCCAUAACAUCCCAGAAGCCUGGGUGAGCAGCUACAAAGUUUUCUCUUUUUCCUGUUUACUAACUUAUGCUGGGAAGACAAUAUGUCAAGUGAAGAUUUGCAAAAAUGCUCCAGUUAAAAGAUCCUUCUUCUUCCUGGCUGACUGGAAUGAGAAGGUCAACUUCCCUCUACGAAUAAAGGCUCUUCCAAGGGAAACAAUGCUGACAAUAAAACUAAUGGGAGUAAACAGCACCUCUAAAAAUACAGAAGUGCUUGCUUGGACAUGCUCCCCGUUGUAUGCAAAAGAGAGGUUGAUGGGUGGAAGGGUGCUGCUCAGCAUGGCGCGGCACAGCACCGUCCCCACCGCAGCCAUCACCCCGGGCAUCUGCAGCACCGAGGCACCAACCUCACUCACACUGCAGAUUGACUUCCCAGAAACCGACUUGGAAUUCAUUAAACCUGAACCUGAAGAAAGGAGAGGUGAUCUUGUAGAGCCAACGCCAGAGUGCCUGAAGCACAUUGCAAGACUCUCACAGAAACAUUCUCUCCUGCUACUCUCAGAGCAACAGAGAAGAAUCUUGUGGUUUUAUCGCUACUCCUGCAAUAAUCAAAGCUGCUCCCUUCCUCUGGUGCUGGGCAGUGCACCCAGCUGGGAUCGAGCCACUGUGUCAGAAAUGUACGCCUUGCUGAGGAGCUGGAGCUUUUCUAACCCUCUGGAGGCACUCGGGCUGCUGACUUUCAGUUUUCCAGAUCAAGAUAUUCGCAGGGCAGCAGUCCAGCAAAUAGAAAAUGUGUCAAAUGAUGAAUUGUUAGAAUACCUCCCACAGCUGGUUCAGGUGCUCAAGUUUGAGUGGAGCCUUGAAAGCCCUCUGGUGAUUCUCCUGCUGAAUCGUUCUCUUCAGAGCAUCCAAGUAGCCCAUCAGCUUUACUGGCUGCUGAAGAAUGCACAGAAUGAAGUUCAUUUCAAAAUGUGGUAUAAGAAACUCCUGGCUGCUCUCCAAUUCUGUGCUGGACAAACCCUGAACAAUGAGUUUUCUAAGGAAGAAAAACUCAUCAGAAUUCUGGAAGACAUUGCCACAAAAGUGAAAGCUGCCAGUGACCCAAAAAGAAAGGAGGUGUUAAAUGUGGAGCUCAGCAGACUCCAGCAGUUCUUCCAGGAGGUGAAGGUCUGCCGGCUCCCCCUGAACCCCGCCCUUGUUGUCCAAGGCAUAGAGGCAGAUUCAUGUUCUUAUUUUACAUCCAAUGCCUUUCCCUUAAAAAUCUCCUUCAUCAAUGCGAAUGCUCCAAGUGGGAACAUCAAUGUUAUUUUUAAGAUAGGUGAUGAUCUACGUCAAGAUAUGUUGGUUCUGCAAAUUAUUCGAGUGAUGGACAGGAUUUGGCUCCAAGAGGGACUGGAUAUGCAAAUGAUCAUUUAUAGGUGUUUAUCUACAGGGAAAGGACAAGGACUGGUACAGAUGGUGCCAGAUGCUACCACGCUAGCGAAGAUCCACAGGGAGUCUGGCCUGAUAGGACCACUGAAAGAAAACACAAUUAAGAAAUGGUUUCACCAUCACCAUCCUCUGGAAUCAAGUUACCAAGAGGCCAUAAGGAAUUUCUUUUAUUCCUGUGCUGGCUGGUGUGUUGUUACCUUCAUCCUGGGAGUCUGUGAUCGACACAGUGACAACAUAAUGCUGACAAAAUCUGGACACAUGUUCCACAUAGAUUUUGGAAGAUUUUUGGGUCAUGCACAGAUGUUUGGAAGCAUAAGAAGGGACAGAGCUCCCUUCAUCUUCACAUCAGAGAUGGAGUAUUUCAUAACAGAGGGUGGAAAAAACCCACAGCGUUUUCAGGAGUUUGUGGAGCUUUGUUGUCGAGCUUACAAUAUAGUCAGGAAACACAGCCAGCUACUCCUGAACCUGCUAGAGAUGAUGCUGCAUGCAGGAUUGCCUGAGCUAAACAGCAUCCAGGAUCUGAAAUAUGUGUAUGAUAACCUCCGUCCUCAGGACUCAGAUCUCCAGGCUACAAGUUACUUUACAAGGAAAAUAAAGGAAAGUUUGGAGUGCUUUCCUGUCAAACUCAAUAACCUGAUCCACACGCUUGUGCAGAUGUCAGUGGGGAGCUCUGCAAAGCCUCCAGCUCCAGAGCCUGUCCCCCAGGAGUGGAUGAUGCUGGACACAGAGAGGUCGAUCGCAAGGGCCACCGUUUUGGGCUUCAGCAGAAAGCCUGACUCCGUAUAUCUCAUCCAGGUGGUGCAAACCUGCAAUGUGGUCACCUUCGUGGAAAAAUCGUUCAGCCAGUUCUCAGAACUUCACAGCCACCUCCAGAAGCAAUUCCCAUCCCAGGACCUCCCAGAGUUUCCCCACUCAUGGCAUUUACCUUUUACGGACCUUGAACAUAAAAGAGUGAAGGAUUUGAACCUCUAUCUGAAGCAGCUAUUAAGUGGCCCCAGGAAACUGGCUAAUGUGAGCAUUUCCAGUAUUUCUUUUAUUUGCACAUCAUUUCUAGCAGCAUUUUACCAAAAAGAUUCAGGAAAUUUUCCACUGCCUGUUUUGAAAAACAAAAAAACAAAAAAAAAAUACAUAAUAAGCUUUGAAAUAUUGAAAAGUCUGAUUUUGACAGUUCAGUUGAAAGGCAUACACCUCCCAGAUGGCUCUGCCCCAAGUGCACACGCUGAAUUUUAUCUUCUGCCAGAUCCUUAUGAGGUCAGUCGAAGGAAAACAAGAACAGCUCCGAGAGGCUCUGACCCUACUUACAAUGAACUUAUUGUAUAUGACAGAGUCACAGAGCUCCAAGGCCGUGUACUGAAGCUUGUUGUGAAAAGCAAAGGAACAUUUGUGGGAGCUGUUAACAUUCAACUGAGCAGUGUCCAGUUCAAUGAAGAAAAGUGGUACUCCCUGGGAAACAGUGUCAUUUAAAUGCUCUCCGAGAUGAUUCAAUUAUUUGCCCACUCACUAAUGUUUCUUUAUCCCAUUUCCCACGGUACAUUUUGUCUCACUUGCCCUUGAGAAUAGGCAGUCAUCUGCUGAGCACAUACCCUAACAUUUCAUAAUGCUAUUGUCUUAAAAGUGCUACCAUGUUCCUGCCACAGAACCCUGACAGCGUGAGUUUAAAGAAUCACGUGCUAAGGACUUGUAGCAAUAUGCAGAAAGUUCUUAUGACAGCAAUGAAGGGCUUGGUUUUGUUAAUAUUAAAUAGUACUGUAAAAAUACUAAAUUCUCAGUGUGUGGGGCCUCAGUCUUUGCCCAUUAAUUCCACUGAUGGUGUUGAAACAAUGCUGGUAAUGGUGUAAUUUAUCAUCACUGCAUGUGAUGAGUUCACCAGAAGACCAUGGGAUGGUUCCCUGCCAAUAUAUUUCCCUGCAGAUGUCCAGCAAAUUUCACAUUAAGUCUUAUCCAAUCAAUACUUUGGGUUUUUUAAAGAAUGUUAGAAGUUUUGAUACAAUGUAACAUUUAAUCCAGGACAUUAAUUUGUCAACAAUGUGUAUCAUUGUUUCUUUUAUUCUGACAUCCAAGAGGCAGAUAUAACUGGUCAUUUGUGUGAAGAGAGAAGGAGGGAGAAGCUAAUGUUCAUGAAUAAAGAGAAUAUAUUGAGUGUGAGCUUUCAGGGGGGAUUUAUUUAAGCUCAUGAUGCCACAGAUAUUUGUUCAGCAGUUUUUCCUCAUUGCACUCCUGUGCUGUAUAAGGGGUUCAAGUCAAUAUAUGCAUUGAAUAGACUUAGAGCUAUAAAAUAUAUGUUCAUAUAUUAGAUAAUCAACAUGAGUGGUUCCUCUAAGUUCACAGAUGCUAAUUAUGGGCUCUGUUUUUCUCUAAUUUGAGGAAGCACUUAAACACCUCUUUAAGCAUUUGGCAUAUGAGCAGCCACAAUGAACUGUCCAUUGCUGCCAGACUCUUGCACACACACACUGACCAUGCAAAUAAACCUUUCCAGGGCCAGGGGCACAGUUUUAAGGCACAGGAGAUGUGUUGAUUUGUGGUUUGAUCUGCUGUAAAUUUUAAGUUACCAUAU